AUGUCUUCCAAUAAUGACCCUGUUGCAAUUCCAGUGACAGAAGUAAAUCCCAGUGACCAUCCUGGAAUGGACACCAGUGACCAAAACAUAUUGACUGGAGAGGCUGUGUUAAGUUUUCAUAACAUCAGCUAUUGGGAAACAGUGCAGAGUGGCUUUGCAUGUUGUAAAAAAACAAGUGUGAUAAAAAGACUAUCAAAUAUCAGUGGGAUUAUGAAAGCUGGCCUCAAUGCCAUUAUGGGACCUAAUUAUGAGAGCAGAUCGUUGUUAUUAGAUGUCUUAGCUGCAAGGAAAGAUCCACGUGGAUUAUCAGGAGAUAUUUUGAUAAAUGGAGAACCUCGACCUGCUAAUUUCACAUGUACUUCUGAUUAUGUGCCACAAAAUGACGUGGUGAUGCACACGCUGACUGUGAGAGACAACAUAGAGUUCUCAGCUGCUCUUCAACUGCCAAUGACUAUGACGAGAGAAGAAAAAAGAGGGCGGAUUAAGGAGGUCCUUGAACUUCUGCAUCUGGAUGAAGUGGCAAAUGUUGAGCCUAGGUCUAAAGAACUUAAGAAAAGGACCAGUAUAGCAAUGGAGCUGAUCACCCAGCAUCCCAUUUUGUUCUUGGAUGAUCCCACCACUGGUUUAGACUGGAGCACUACUACCUAUGUCAUCUCAGUUCUGAGAAGGAUGUCUAGGAGGGGACGGACAAUCAUCUUCUCCAUUAAUCAGCCCCCAUACUCCAUCUUCAGACUGUUUGACAGCCUCACCUUACUGGCCUCAGGAAAAGUCAUGUUUCACGGGCCUGCACAGGAGGCUUUGGAGUACUUCAAAUCUGCAGGUUAUGAAUAUGAUUCCCACAACAACCCUGCAGACUUCUUCCUGGACAUCAUUAACGGAGGUUUCUCUGCUCUAUUAGACACAGAGGAAGAUGGCCAUGAUGUCGACAAAUAUAAAGAACUUUCUGAGAGACAGCACCAAGUCAGAGAAAACUUAGCCAAUAUGUAUAUCCAGUCCUCGUCCUACAGAAAAAUGAAAGCUGAGCUGGAUCCACUCUUAAGGGAACUGAAGGCAGGGAGGAGCUCAGCCUUGGAGAUCACGUGUGCCACUUCUUUCUGGCAUCAGCUUCAAUGGAUUAUCUGUCGUUCGUUCAAAAAUUGCCUGGGUUUUCCAAGGGCCACUGGGAUCCAGGCAAUUAUCACAGUCUUACUGGCCGUGAUUGUGGGUACCACUUUCCUUGUCCUACGAAAUGUUUGUACUGAAGUCCAGACAAGAGCAAACCUCCUCUUCUUGCUCACAGUCUUCCAGUGCUUCACAAGUAUGUCUACCGGAAAUCUCUUCAUGAUUGACAGGAAUCGCUUUCUACAUGAGCACACCAGUGGAUACUACAGAGUGUCAUCGUAUUUCCUUGGGAAAUUGCUGGGUGAGCUGGUACCCAGGAGGUUAUUCCCAAGUCUUACAUUUACUGUUAUAGUAUUCAUCAUAGCAGUGACAGUGAUGUCGUUGUCAGCAUUUCAUCUUCUUGGCUUUCUGAAGAUGUCUGAUGACCAGAGGUGCAGUCUGAAGCUGGAAACGGUCCCACUUUUCUACUGA